AUGGCUACACCUCAACAGCUUUGGAAUAUUGGUGCAAUUCUAGGGUCUUUUACUAUAAAUGGUCAUGCAACAUUUAGCAUAAUAUAUAUUAAUCUUAAAUUGAACUUUCUAGGAGCACAUAAGAUUAAAAAUUCUGAAAAAUCAAAGAGUUGGGAAAUAGCAACUUAUUAUCAAUUAAUUCACUCAAUUGCACUUAUUGCUUUUUCAAACCUAAGAAAUCCUGCUACAAAUAAACCACCAACAUUAGCUGGUAGUUUAAUCGCUGUAGGUUUUAUAACCCCUGUUGGUGGUAUCUUAAUGAUGGCGGGCUGGGUUACUUUAUUAUUAUUUUAA